CAUCUUAGGAAAUAAAAUAAGUCAGCUAUGCAAAUUCGGAUUAUAAUAUUUCUGGUUUCAUUGUGAUUGAUUGAUUGAUAGGCGUUCGCUGUUCUCUUUGGAUUUCGAUCACUCACUGACCUUUUUUACUUCCUACCUUUCACUCCAAGUCUCAAAUAAGCCUUGAAUUCUUCAUCGGAUCACCGGAAGGAAGGAAAACUCCCUAGUCAUGGAGGUCAGGCCCAAUCCCGCCACCGCCGAUAACUCCCCGCAGCACCGCCGUCAGGCGGCGGCUGGCUCCAAGGCCCCCGUCCCUCCUCCCAAUUCCGUCGACACUACCUCCGUGUCCCAAAGGUUGCAGAAGGAAUUGAUGUCACUAAUGAUGAGCGGAGGGGAUCUUGGAGUUUCGGCUUUCCCUGAAGGCGAAAGCAUCUUCACAUGGGUUGGAACGAUUGAGGGCGGGAAAGGAACUGCGUAUGAGGGCUUGUCCUACAAGCUAUCCCUGCGCUUUCCUCUCGAGUACCCGUUCAAGCCACCACAAGUGAAAUUCGAGACGAUGUGUUUUCACCCAAAUGUUGAUCAGUUUGGUAACAUAUGCCUCGACAUUCUCCAGGAUAAGUGGUCUUCAGCUUAUGACUGCAGAACGAUUCUUUUGUCGAUUCAAAGCCUAUUGGGUGAGCCCAAUCCGGAUAGCCCUCUGAACAGCUAUGCUGCAAAACUAUUGAACAACAAGGAAGAUUACAGAAAGAUGGUUCACAAGCAAUACUAUUCUGGAGAAGCAUUUGACAGCUGAUCUGCUGCAGAUGCCUGUGUUGUCAGACUGCCACGCAAACCACACGAAUGAAGCCACGACGGCGACUCGGUUCUUGAUGGUUCUGAUCACUUGCAAUGAGCAUUUUGAUUUGUGAAAAUGAUUCUGUAAUUCUUCAAAUCUAUGUGUGCCUUCCUGUCUCGUCUUUCGAUUACGUUUCCUGCAAAUUGAUUCAACAUUCUCCCCUCUUGUAAUUUUGCAC